AUGGAAACAUUCCAUCUUGCAUCUCUAACCACUGCUUAUUCUAGUGACGAUCCAAAUACUACAUGCAAGCGCUAUACCCAGCUAUUACAUGAAUAUAAUGACAUCAAGGAUGUUGGGCAGGGGUUGAUGGGGUUACUUGCUGAUGCGAGGGGGGUGAGGCAAAUUGAGGUAGAGAAGGAGUUUGGGGUUUCAGGGGAGGAUUGA